AUGACUGCCUCGAGGCGCGAUCACGUGAGCACCAAGCGUCUGUUGAUCGCUGGCCCGCAGUGCGCCACCUUCAACCCAACCACCACCACCAACACUGCUGCCAUCGAAAUCGCCAUAAUGUCCCAGCAGCCUCUCAUCAAUGGUACACCCGGCACCACCGUCGUGCUACCAGGCACCAAAGCCGCUUGCAUACUUCGACCCCAGCUAUUCAACGGUGUCGACGAGAACAGCUUCCACGUUCUCCCCCAAGAUCGCCUAUACGCCAACUGGCCCCGCAUUCGCGGCAAGCUCAUUCCAUACGAAACGUAUAGCACAUACGGUCGCGAGUGGUUCUCGCCCUCCUGCCUCGUAUUCCAGGCGGAGACGAAACCAUCCGACCCGGCCGUCCCAUCUCAACGGUUCGCGCUCAAGGUGGCGUUCAACGUCGUAGAUGGCAAGCCUUGCCAUCAAUUCCUGCGCAACUUCUGUAUAGAGGCGCGCUUCUAUGCCAGACGUCUGAAGCACCUGCAAGGGAAGUCUGUACCGAAACACUACGGGGUUUGGACAUGCAGUACACCUUGGGGCGGAACGAUGGGCUGUGCGAUCAUGGAAUGGGGCGGCGUACCGUUCAAAGAAGAAUUCAUUGGCCCGGGCGAGCAAGGAGAGAAGCAACGUCUGGACAUCAUGUACGCGAUGAAGGCCAUACACGACGUUGGCUAUGAACACACCGACCUCGUCGAACCAAACUAUCGUCAUCUCCUGUACGACACCGAGCGCCAGCGACCCUACAUCAUUGACUUUUCGCGAGGAGAAAAACACAAGUGCCAUCCGAGGAUGGCGAUCAAGGCGUACAAGACUCCUCCCGAUCCCUAUGUCUUCGGGUGCAUGGAGCUGCGGGAUCUGGGCGUGGCCAUCGGGUUGUUUGGUCUGGGCCCUUUGUUCGGCCCUGAAGCGUGCCCUGAAGUGCAGGAAGCGAACGAAAAAUUCUUCGAAGAGCAAGAGCUGAAGGAGCGGCUAAAGCGCGUUAAAGAAAACAAGGCAAGACAUGCACGCCUUCAGGCCCGCGAUCAACAGAAUAUGGCGCAGACGUCUACUGCCGUGCAUCAGCCACUCAUCGGCGACGAGCCUGGUGUUGAGAUUCAACUCGCGGGAACCGCUACGAGCAUCAUCCUCCGACCCUGCAAGUAUGGCCGAGGCUUGGACGCCAAUUCCUUCCGUGCACUUCCUCCCCAUCGCUUCGUAACGGCCCUCCCCCGCAUAUCCCACAGGCAGAUACCCUUUGAGAGGUACAAAACCUGGUGCACCGACUGGUGCACAUCCUCCUCGCUUGUAUUCUACGCGGAAACUUUCCCGUCCGACCGCUCCGCCACCCGCAAGCGCUUUGCGAUCAAGGCCGCUCUCCACAUCGAACCCGGCGAAUAUGGCGAUCCGCACCUGGCGGCCUUGUACCGAGAAGCUGUCUUCUACCAGGAGCAUCUAGCUGAGCUGCAGGGGCGCUGUGUGCCAAGGCACUAUGGGAUUUGGAUCGGGACUACGCCGUGGGGCGUGAGCAUAGCUUGCGCGUUCAUGGAGUGGGCGGGCCUGCCAUACAGCAGUCCCAAGAUGGAUAAGAGCUUCGAGCGUGCGGACAGAAGAAUGAAGGCAGUGGUAGCGGUGCUGGCUCUGCACAAGGCCGGCUUUCAACACAACGGCUUGGGUGAAGAUACGCGACACAUCCUCUUCGACGAAUCUCGCGAACGAGCGUUCCUCAUCGGCUUCCAAUACGUAGAGCCACACCAGUGCGGUCUGAAGAUGCCCUUGAAGGAAUACAGCGGUCCACCCGCUCCCCACAUCCUUGGCUGCGAGGAGUUAUGGGAGAUCGGCUGCUCCGUCCACUUUUUCGGCAAUGGUCCAUCGUUUGGCCCCGAAGCUGACUCCAGGGUUCAAGCAGCGAAUCAGAAGGCGUUAGACGAGUAUAACAAGAAGAAACGCGUGGAGGAGGCUCGAGCACGACUAUACGCGCGUCUUGAGCAGCAUCGUCAGCGACUCGCCGAGAAGGCUGCGCGACGCCCGCCGGAGGUCACCGAGGCGGCCCCGGUUCAUGUACUCAUUAUCUCAGGUUCCGGCCCCUACGCUGACCCUCUGCUCCAAGCGUAUGCGUACGAGCGCAGGGAGCGCAUCGACCAGCGUAACAUCUGCGGAGCGGCGGCGAUAUCAGACUAA